AUGCUCGACCCUGAUGUCGUCCUGAAGACGAGUCCGGAAGUCACGCUCGGAGAGAUAUGGAAUGUCGACGAAAGGGAGAAUAUCUGUGCGCAUACGGAUUGCCCAAGGGACUGCGAGAACGAGGAGAUUGCGAUCAAGUACCAGAACACGAAAGGCAGCGAUCAUAGUUUCUUCAUCUCCUUGAACCGAGAUGAACCGUUCAAAACUUACGAGCAGCCGGCCAAUCUACCUGUUAUUCAUGAAGCCAAAGGCUCGUGCUUCAGCGAGAAAGGACGUGACUGGAGGAUCGAGCCAGAACCCCACAGGAAGAAAGUUGAUCGCGCGCUGAAGAAAGACGAUGCCUUCGCCAAGUACUGCGAAGGCAAGCUGCACACCUUCUGCACGGCUGAAAAGCUCGAGGUCAUCGACGAUGAAGAGUUCGAGCGCCGUGAGGUCGCGAAACGAAAGGAGAAAGAGGAUAGACGGGAGAGGUGGGGGAAGAAGCUUGGGACGGAGCUUGUGCCUGUUGAGGAUGGUAGGUAUUCUAGUAGUUUGGACGAGUCUGGCGAGGAGAUGUCGGAUGAUGGGUUCUGA